AUGCCACUCGAUACCUCAACCUACUCCCUCGCGCUCCUGCGCCUCGACGGUCGACGAUGGAACGAGCUGCGCCGGCUCACCGCACAGAUCUCGACCCAGGCCGCAGCAGACGGCUCCAGCUACCUCGAGAUGGGCAACACGAAGGUGAUCUGCACCGUCACUGGGCCGUUGGAAGCCAAAUCUACCAGCGGAAAUAGGUCAGGGGGCGAUAGGGCGGAUGUGCAAGUUUCGAUCAGAAUUGCUGGGUUCAGUGGGGUGGAUAGGAAGAGGAGGGGACGAGGAGAUAAGAGGACACAAGAAAUGCAGACUACAAUCGCAAACGCCUUCUCCCAAUCCCUUUUCACACACCUCUACCCACACAGCACCAUCACCCUCUCUCUCCACAUCCUGUCCCAGGACGGCUCUCUCCUCGCUGCCCUCCUCAACGCCUCAACACUCGCGCUCAUCGAUGCGGGAAUCCCAAUGCGAGAUUACAUCUGCGCGUGUACUGCCGGCUCGACAUCGAGCUAUUCGAGCAAUGACGAGAAGGCAGACCCGUUGCUGGAUUUGAAUAAUAUGGAGGAGCAGGAAUUACCGUUUUUGACGGUUGCUACGCUUGGGGAUACGGACGACGUUAGUGUGUUGGUUAUGGAGACGCGAGUGCAGAUUGGAAGGUUGGAGGGGAUGCUCGCGGUCGGCGUAGAUGGGUGUAAGCAGGUUAGGGAGAUUUUAGAUCAGGUUGUCAGGAAGAGAGGGACGAAGAUAUUAGAGGGAAGUCAGCUAUAA